CAAAACAAUCCUAUUGAAACAACGCAGCAAUUAACAGGAAGGAAGGAGACAGAGCAUUGUGUAGCAUGUCAUAUUUCCGCUGUCUCAGAGGAGCACAUUUCCCUUUUACUUUUAGGGUCCAGUGUGCUUUGAAGACGUCGUGUCCGUUUCACGGACGAGGAGUGGGCGUUGCUGGAUCCUGACCAGAGAGCUCUGCAUAAGGACGUCAUGGAGGAGAAUCGUGGGAUCGUGGCCUCUCUUGAUUGUGAUGAAUUGGAAAUCGAGAACAAAGGUGACCACAACAACAUCCCCAGAGAGGAGAAGCCACGGAAAAAUUUGGAGUGUGGAGAGAGAUGCAGUCACAGUUCCCAUUCUACAUCCCAUCAAAGAAAUCUCAUUGGAAAGAAACCCUAUCAGUACAUGGAAUUUGGAAAGAGCUUCAGUAGGAGCUCCGAUCUCACUUCCCAUCAAAGAAUUCAUACAGGGGCGGACCCCUAUCAGUGUGUGGAAUGUGGAAAGGGCUUCAGUCAGAGCUCCUCUCUCACUUCCCAUCACAGAAUUCAUACAGGGGAGAAACCCUAUCAGUGUGUGGAAUGUGGAAAGAGCUUCAGUAAAAGCUCCUCUCUCACUUCUCAUCAAAGAUUUCAUACAGGGGAUAAACCCUAUCAGUGUGUGGAAUGUGGAAAGAGCUUCACUGAAAGCUCCUCUCUGACUUCCCAUCAAAGAAUUCAUACAGGGGAGAAACCCUAUCAGUGUGCGGAAUGUGGAAAGAGCUUCAAUAGUAACUCCAAUCUCACUUCCCAUCAAAGAAUUCAUACAGGGGAGAAACCCUAUCAGUGUGUGGAAUGUGGAAAAAGCUUCAGUAAGAACUCCAAUCUCACUUCCCAUCAGAGAAUUCAUACAGGGGAGAAACCCUAUCAGUGUGUGGAAUGUGGAAAGAGCUUCAUUCAGAGCUCCUCUCUCACUUCCCAUCACAGAAUUCAUACAGGGGAAAAACCCUAUCAGUGUGUGGAAUGUGGAAAGAGCUUCAGUAAAAGCUCCUCUCUCACUUCUCAUCAAAGAAUUCAUACAGGGGAUAAACCCUAUCAGUGUGUGGAAUGUGGAAAGAGCUUCACUGAAAGCUCCAAACUCACUUCCCAUCAAAGAAUUCAUACAGGGGAGAAACCCUAUCAGUGUGUGGAAUGUGGAAAGAGCUUCAGUCAGAGCUCCUCUCUCACUUCCCAUCACAGAAUUCAUACAGGGGAGAAACCCUAUCAGUGUGUGGAAUGUGGAAAGAGCUUCAGUAAAAGCUCCUCUCUCACUUCUCAUCAAAGAAUUCAUACAGGGGAUAAACCCUAUCAGUGUGUGGAAUGUGGAAAGAGCUUCACUGAAAGCUCCAAACUCACUUCCCAUCAGAGAAUUCAUACAGGGGAUAAACUCUAUCAGUGUGUGGAAUGUGGAAAGAGCUUCACUGAAAGCUCCAAACUCACUUCCCAUCAGAGAAUUCAUACAGGGGAUAAUCCCUAUCAGUGUGUGGAAUGUGGAAAGAGCUUCACUGAUAGAUCCUCUCUCACUUCCCAUCAGAGAAUUCAUACAGGGGAGAAACCCUAUCAGUGUGUGGAAUGUGGAAAGAGCUUCAGUAAAAGCUCCUCUCUCACUUCUCAUCAAAGAAUUCAUACAGGGGAUAAACCCUAUCAGUGUGUGGAAUGUGGAAAGAGCUUCAGACAGAGCUCCUCUCUCACUUCCCAUGAGAGAAUUCAUACAGGGGAAAAACCCUAUCAGUGCAUGGAAUGUGGAAAGAGCUUCACUCAUACCUCCUCUCUCACUUCCCAUCACAGAAUUCAUACAGGGGAGAAACCCUAUCAGUGUGUGGAAUGUGGAAAGAGCUUCAAUAGUAACUCCAAUCUCACUUCCCAUCAAAGAAUUCAUACAGGGGAGAAACCCUAUCAGUGUGUGGAAUGUGGAAAGAGCUUCAAUAGUAACUCCAAUCUCACUUCCCAUCAGAGAAUUCAUACAGGGGAGAAACCGUAUCAGUGUGUGGAAUGCGGAAAGAGCUUCACUGAAAGCUCCUCUCUCACUUUGCAUCAAAGAAUUCAUACAGGGGAAAAACCCUAUCAGUGCAUGGAAUGUGGAAAGAGCUUCAGUCAGAGCUCUGAUCUCAAUUCCCAUCACAUAAUUCAUAGAGGGGAGAAACCCUGUCAGUGUGUGGAAUGUGGAAAGAGCUUCAGUCAGAGCUCCUCUCUCACUUCCCAUCACAGAAUUCAUACAGGGGAGAAACCCUAUCAGUGUGUGGAAUGUGGAAAAAGCUUCUAUGGUAACUCCAAUCUCACUUCCCAUCAGAGAAUUCAUACAGGGGGGAAACCCUAUCAGUGUGUGGAAUGUGAAAAGAGCUUCUCUUAUAGCUCCUCUCUCACUUUCCAUCAAAGAAUUCAUACAGGGGGAAAACCCUAUCAGUGCAUGGAAUGUGGAAAGAGCUUCAGACAGAGCUCUGAUCUCAAUUCCCAUCAAAGAAUUCAUACAGGGGAGAAACCACAUCAGUGUGUGGAAUGUGGAAAGAGCUUCAGUCACAGCCACAGUCUCACUUUCCAUCAAAGAAUUCAUACGGGAGAGAAACCCUAUCAGUGUAUGCAAUGUGGAAAGAGCUUCAAUAGUAACUCCAAUCUCACUUCCCAUCAAAGAAUUCACACAGGGGAGAAACCCUAUCAGUGUGUGGAAUGUGGAAAAAGCUUCAAUAGUAACUCCAAUCUCACUUCCCAUCAAAGAAUUCAUACAGGGGAGAAACCCUAUCAGUGUGUGGAAUGUGGAAAGAGCUUCAAUAGUAACUCCAAUCUCACUUCCCAUCAGAGAAUUCAUACAGGGGAGAAACCGUAUCAGUGUGUGGAAUGCGGAAAGAGCUUCACUGAAAGCUCCUCUCUCACUUCCCAUCAAAGAAUUCAUACAGGGGAGAAACCCUAUCAGUGUGUGCAAUGUGGAAAGAGCUUCACUUAUAGCUCCUCUCUCACUUCCCAUCAGAGAAUUCAUACAGGGGAGAAACCCUAUCAGUGUGUGGAAUGUGGAAAGAGCUUUAGUCGGAGCUACUCUCUCACUUCCCAUCGAAGAUUUCAUACAAAGGUUGGAAAAACCAUUAUACAGCUUUAGGAGAAAGGCAAAUCAGCUCCUUUCAAACCAGGCCUUUGGCUGAUUGACAUGUAAUGUCCUUUUCAAAUGUGGUGGGGAGGGGGGUUACAGAUGUGUAUUGUGUUUUUAUAUUGUGCUUCUAUGUUGUAACUGUCCUUAGACCUGUGGCUGUAGGGAUUAGGAGCCAACUCUUCGAGGCCAAGGGGUCUUUGCCCCCCAAUAAUAUAUUUGAGGGGGCCACCCCCCAGUUGGUAGGCAUCGCCAUUCCAAUGGCAUGCAUGCGUCAUGUGAUUGAUUGUGCUAGGCGGGCCUUACCUGGCCCCCCACCAAUAUUUUAUUCAGUUCAGCACCACUGGGUUGGGUAGUAU